AUGCUUUAUAAAAUAAGAUGCAUCCUUGCUGAAUUAAAGCUGCAUAAAGUGUCAACGGAGAAGUCCCGUUACGACACGUCUCUGAAUCUGACCACCAAGCGCUUCCUGGAUCUCCUGGCUCAGUCUCCGGACGGCGUGGUCGACCUCAACUGGGCCUCUCAGGUGCUGGACGUCCAGAAACGGCGCAUCUACGACAUCACCAACGUCCUGGAGGGCAUCCACCUGAUCUCCAAGAAGUCCAAGAACAACAUUCAGUGGCUGGGGAACCGUAUCGACGGGGCGUCCAUGGCCAGGUUUCAGACGCUGCAGAGGGAGGUGUCUGAGCUGACGGAGGCCGAGGAGAAACUCGACGAGCUCAUUAACAAAUGCAGCUUACAGCUACGGCUCCUCACAGAGGACACACACAACAAGAAGCUGGGAUACGUUCGAUGUCAGGACCUGCGUAACACGGUGAAGCCGCCGGAUCAGAUCAUCAUGGUGAUUCGAGCUCCGCCAGAGACGAAGAUGCAGGUCUCUGAACCCAGCGAGGGUUACCAGAUUUCACUCAAGAGCUCCAAAGGCCCGAUCGAUGUGUUUCUGUGUCCCGAGGACAGUUCUGGGGUCUGUAGUCCAGUCACUGAUUGUAGUCCAGCGAAAUCGUCCAAUCAGAGCCCCCCGCAGUCUGAUCGCAUCUCACAGGAAGUAACAUCAUCAACUCUCCCCAGUUCCUCCCCUUUGCCUCUAGGUGCAGACUCAGAGUCAUAUCUGGACUCGGAUCCAUUUUCAGGCAUUUGCGAGAUGCCAGAUUUCAAUUUGUCUCCUUUGGAUUCCUCUGACUUCGCUCUGGAGCGGGGCGGUGAGACGGACGCCAUCGGCCUCCCGCUGGACGCUUUUAUCUCCCUGUCUCCGCCACACAGCCAGGACUAUCACUUCGGCCUGGAGGAUCACGAAGGCGUCAGCGAGCUGUUCGACUGCGACUUCAGCGACCUCGGCCAUCUGGAGUUCUGACAGACGGAUUCCAGCAUUCGUUUCCCAGUGUGAACAGGAAACUGAUUCCACUUCGCUUUUCAAUUCGCUCUGAACAGCGCCAUUUAAUUUAUUAAUAUUAAUAAGUCACCUUUAAAGGAAUAGUUUACACAAAAAUUACAAUUUACUGAAAAUGUUCUCACCCUCAGGUCAUCCAAGAUGUAGAUGAGUUUGUUUC